CUAAGGCCAAUGAAGGAUGCCACAUUAGUGAUGUCUGAGGAGAGCAUGCCAACACUGUCCCUCAUUGCACGUCUUCAUGCUAAGCUUGUCAUGGCAGCAGAAAACCAUCCUGGUGAUUCUGAGACUUCAAGGGAAGUCAAAUUAGUUAUAGCACAAGAUCUGUCCAAAAGAUACUCUACUGAGAUGACCACUCUGUACAUGGCAAGUGCUGUGGACCCCCCGUUUCAAGAAGAAGAAGAGGCUGUCCACAUCUACUCCACCCUGACUGAUCCUGUGGUUGCAGAAAUACAAAAACACACUUGUGAGCAAGAAGGUGAUAACGAGGAAACAGAAGGGGAUGAAGUUAUCCAGUCAUCACAUCCUGACGAUGAUCAGCUUGUCACCAGCCCGCCACCCUGGAAGAGACCAAGGGCAUCAUCUGUGCUGAGUGAGCUUCUGGGAACAUUUGCCUCUGCAAGAGAGACUGUCACACAAAAAUCUGCACAUGAUGUGGCCAAAGCAGUGGUAAAACGGUUCAAGAAUGAGACACCAUUGCCACUCUGUGGAGAUCCCCUCCACUGGUGGAAGGAGCAUGAGGCGGCGUAUCCUCAUGUAGCAGAGGUUGCAAGGUGUUUCCUUUGUAUCCCAGGUACAAGUAUUCCAUCAGAAAGGGUUUUCUCCUCUGCAGGGGACAUUGUAACGUCCCAGAGAAGUGUCUUAAAAGCAGGGCAUGUUGAUCAGCUUGUGUUCCUGCACAAGAAUGAUUUUGCUCUUUCAUUGCAUUAAGAAGCAAUAUGGAUUGCGCUUUAUUUUCUUAAAACAAUUUGUAUUUUAUAAAUGUAUUUGGAAUUAAGGCUUAAUGAUUUUUCUCUCUGUUGUGGAAGCCAAAAGUAAGAAAAAAAAAAAAAAAAGAAAUUUUAAGAGUUUGACCAAGAUGCAACUUGUUUCUGAAAUGGUUACUUGAAUUACAGUUAAAUUUACUGUUUACAAAAUGAAAAAAAUGAAAUAAAUUUUAUUUCAUAGAAUUAUUUCUUGAGAACGUGUACUUUACUAUAGUAUAAGUAAUGAUAAAUCGCAAUAAUUGUCAUUUGAUUUAGUAUCGGGAUAUAUCGCGAUAUAUCGUAUCGUGACGUGUAUCGUGAUACGUAUUGUAUCGCCAGAUUCAUGACAAUGCACACCCCUAGUAAAUAUGUGUCUGAGUGUGUGAGACAAAUGACUCUGCAGAUAAAUACUGAUGUGUCGCCACAUAUUACAUCUUGUAUUUAUCUGGCCCUAGUGACAACAUAGCUAAAAUAAAUCAAUAAAUUGUGCGUAAUACCCACUCUUGAAUCUCUGUUGUUUAAAUCUGAGCUGGGGACAGGUUCAAAUUCUGUGGUAGAAUCUGGCUUUUAACUUUGAGACUCCAGAUGUUUAGCUUUGGUUUAUGCUCAAUGUUACUAUAAUUACUGGACCGAUCCAAAUAAAACAAUUCAGUAAGUGUUUUAAAACCAAAAGUAUGUAAAUGAAUACAUAAA